AUCACUCCCCACACUUUUAGCUACCCCUCGACCGUUUCAUAUUUCUUCUCUACUCUAUCAUAAAUUAAUUAAUAACAAUAAUAUUUUCUUUAAACAUCUUUCAAUUCGAUCAUCUUUUAAUUAACAUGUGAAGAAAUGGUACACUUUCUGCCCUCUUCUUCUUCUUCUUCAAAAUUGAUCAGUGUAAAUCGUGUAAUUACAACCAAGGAACAACCGAUAAUCGGUUCACCAAGGAUGUUAACAAUGUCUAUGACUGAUCGAGAUGCCACCGAUUCUUCGAGUGAUGAUGAACAAGAAGAAAACAACAACAACAACAACAACAAGAAGCAGCAGUUAUUGGGUCAUGUCGUCAAGAAAGUUAAAAGGUAUGUGAGUGUCAUCAAAUUUGAAACAAGUACUUCUAGGAAUAUUGAUCAUAUGAUUGGAGAAAACAAUAAUGGUGGCAAGAAAAAACCCAAACGUAGUAGGAUCCGAAAAAAACAAGGAUCAUCAUCAAUGGACAAUAAGGUUUUAGAUCAAAAGGAGGCGGAGGGCCGUUUAGGGAUGAAUCAUGAACGAAAGUAUCGCGGUGUAAGGAGACGACAAUGGGGGAGAUGGGCUGCUGAGAUUCGUGACCCUAUAAGUCGUACUAGGAUUUGGUUGGGUACUUAUGAUACUGCAGAGGAAGCCGCUUUGGUUUAUGACCAAAGAGCUAUUGAGUUACGUGGCUCCCAAGCCCAAACUAACUUUUUGCCCCCACCACCACCACCUCUGGUGGGGGCGGCCCCAUAUAUUGAUCGGGUGUCAAUAAUGCCCGAUCAAUAUUCUGAUCAUUCUCAUAGUACUCUUCUUUCCUCACCAACCUCAGUUUUACGUUUUGAUGAAGAGGGCACCAAAAACCCCUUGACUCCUAUAGAACUACCUCAUGAACCGAGUAGUACUAACCCGUUUUCUUAUGAUAAUUAUUCGGAUUAUGAUAUGAAUUUUGAAUACGAUUUCUUUGAUUUUCGGGUACCCUCUCCGGUUGUCCUUGAAGAAUUAGUUAACUUUCCGAACAAUAUUGAUGAUGUGGAUGUUGAAUCAAGCGAAGUACUCUUAAAAUUGGAUGAUGAUAUCAGUUCAUGGAAAUGGGAUAUGGAUAGCUUCUACCAAGAUCCUCUUGUUGCGUUGAAAUAAUAUUUGGGCUUACAACCAAUUGAGGAUAUUAUUCAUCAAUUAACACAUUGCUAGUUUUGAUAUCCAGUUUUCUAGAAAUAAGAUGCAUGUUGGAUGAUGAUGUUAAUAAUAAAUAGUAGUAGCAAUGAACAUAUGCGAUGGAAUAUUGGAAUGUCUAUGUUUAUUUGGUUCGUUUGUAUACGAUGAUGCACAUUGCUUUAAAGUAACU